AUGGCUGUCCGCCUUCAGCCACCAUUAGCUCCGGGCAGUGGGGAGGCACGUUGGGGUGAAUGCACACCCGACUUUGCUGAAGGUUACUCAUCGGCAGUACAGAAAUUCUCCCAGACUUUGCAGUCCUUUCAGUUCGACUUUAUUGGUGACACACUAACGGAUGAUGAGAUUAAUAUUGCCGAAUCCUUUAAGGAGUUCGCAGAGCUGCUCCAUGAGGUAGAGCUGGAGAGGUCCAUGAUGGUACAGAAUGCUAGUGAUUUGCUGAUCAAACCUUUGGAAAACUUUAGGAAGGAGCAAAUAGGGUUCACCAAGGAAAGAAAGAAAAAGUUUGAGAAGGAUGGUGAGAAGUUUUAUUCUAUGCUGGAUCGCCAUUUGCAUUUGUCUUCCAAAAAGAAGGAAUCCCAGUUACAGGAGGCUGACCUUCAGGUUGACAAAGAGAGACACAAUUUCUUUGAGUCCUCCCUCGAGUAUGUGUACCAGAUCCAGGAAGUACAAGAAAGCAAGAAAUUCAGUAUCGUUGAACCGGUGCUGGCUUUUCUCCACAGUCUCUUUACUUACAACAACCUGACAGUUGAGCUCACGCAGGAUUUCCUCCCUUAUAAACAGCAGCUUCAGCUCAGCCUGCAGAAUACGAGGAAUCAUUUUUCCAGCACGCGGGAGGAGCUGGAAGACCUGAAGAAGAGGAUGAAGGAAGCCCCCCUAACCUGCAAGCUACCUGGGCAGCCGACCAUUGAGGGCUAUCUGUACACUCAGGAGAAAUGGGCGCUGGGCAUCUCCUGGGUGAAAUAUUAUUGCCAGUAUGAAAAAGAGGCAAAAACCUUACGGAUGACGCCCAUGGACCAGAAGCCUGGAGCUAAGCAAGGCACCUUAGACCUGACACUGAAAUCCUGUGUAAGGAGAAAGACUGACUCUAUAGACAAAAGGUUUUGUUUUGACAUUGAAACCAAUGAAAGGUCUGGGACCAUCACGUUGCAAGCACUCUCAGAAGCCAAUCGAAGGCUGUGGAUGGAAGCCAUGGACGGGAAGGAGCCGAUCUACCACAGUCCCAUCACGAAACAGGAAGAAAUGGAGUUGAAUGAGGUCGGCUUCAAGUUUGUACGGAAGUGCAUCAACGCAGUGGAAACGAAAGGGAUAACUACGGAGGGCGUCUACCGGACUGUUGGCAGCAAUAUUCAGGUGCAGAAGUUGCUGAAUGCCUUUUUUGAUCCAAAAUGUCCAGGGGACGUGGAUCUCCAAAGCGGCGAUUGGGACAUCAAAACGAUUACCAGCUCACUGAAGUUUUAUCUCAGGAACCUGUCUGAACCCGUCAUGACGUACAAGCUCCACAAAGAGUUGGUCCUGGCUGCCAAAUCUGAGAACCUGGAUUACAGGCUAGGAGCCAUUCACGCGCUGGUCUAUAAACUACCUGACAAGAACAGAGAGAUGUUAGAGCUCCUCAUACAACACCUCGUCAACAUAUGUGAGCACAGCCGAGAGAAUCUGAUGUCACCUUCUAACAUGGGGGUGAUAUUUGGACCUACCCUCAUGCGAGCACAGGAGGACACCGUGGCAGCGAUGAUGAACAUCAAGUUCCAAAACAUAGUAGUUGAGAUCCUCAUCGAGCACUUUGGGAAGAUCUACUCCGGCCCCCCAGAAGACACCACCGCACCCCCGGUGCCUCCUCCCAGGGUGGCUGCCCGGCGGCACAAACCCAUCACCAUUUCCAAACGUCCUCUGAGGGAAAGACCUGUCUUCUUCGGUGCUUCUGUGGAAGAAAGUGGAGAAAACCGGCACGGCCAGACCCCCAACGGAGUGAAGCCUGCCGGCAAGGCUGCCAACGGGGUGGUGGCCAGCCCUGCCCUGAAGACUUCCACUCUUCAGGCCAGGAGACCGGCUCCCCGGCCGGGGAUCUAUGGCAGAGAGGGCGAGUACGAUGGUGUCCCUAAGCCACGAUCCCAUGGCGAUAAGCCUGUGAUAACGCGUCCCCCCGUGAGACCUCCAGACCCACCAUGCAGGACUCCUGUCCCUCCGAGGCUGGAGCAGAGGCCGGAUCUGAUAGCAGGAACAGCAGAAGAGAUGACUUCGUCUGUGGUGGCCUCUAGGACAAAGUUCUUUGAGACAGCUUCCCGAAGAACAAGCAAUUCUUCAUCACCACAAGGCCGGAUCCCAGGUGAUGAGAGCUGAGGCUAAAGACUGUGUAACCACCUCAGCCCAGCUAGACCCAGGAGGUUUUCUGUGCUUGUGAAACGGAUGUGUCACAGCUAAGACUUUUCCAGUUCCAGUGCCCCUGGAGAGCAGCUAUCUUACCGGACGAUAAUUUCGGAGCAUGCUGUCGUAAGUGGCUCAAGAAAUUAGAAGAGAGGGAGACAACGACGGAGAGAAGACCCUACCCAGACAUUUGUGUUGAACUGUUCCCAGUCCUUCCGCCACUCCUCUCUGCGCAGGCUGUGAAGGGUGCUCGUGUGUGCCCUUGCAGGUGACCCGCAGCGUUUGCAGGGCUGGGCGAGCGCCGGCAGCGCUGGGCAGAGCCAUCCAGCCGACGGGCUGUGGAAGGGACAGCGGAGGAUGGCAGUGGCCGUUUACCUGCUCACUUUUUGGGAAAUGCACCUUGGCAAGGGUGACCUUGGGAGACGUUGGAGUCGAAAUGCAAGGGGCUGACUCCCCAUGCUUGGAGGCAAGGGCAGAGCGACCGGAGUUUGGGUUGGACGCCUUGCCAUGAGAAGCCCCUUCCUUUAUGUUAUGUUUUCCUCACUCAGUAAGCUAUAGUGUGUUUGUCAGUGUGUAGGAGAGCAGUGUAUGUUACUGGAAACGCUGCUUGUGCUAAGGCAGGACAGGAAUUGGCUCUGCGGGACAUCUCUUCAUCUCCUCCCCGGCAUCAAUGUGCCCCUGUCCUGGGAAACCACGCCGGCAGACGCAGCUGUGCCGGGGGCUUUGCCUGAGCAGGGCUGUAUCCCCUGCCUGCGUUGUCGGCUUUCCAGGCAGUGCCGGUCGGGUUAGCAGCCUCCGAGAGCAUGGCUGGGAGAAGGAGGCAGCAGGCGGUCCUCCUCCUCCUCCUCCCGCAGGAGCCACUCUCCCACCAGAUCCACUUCCCACGAGCCCACCGAGAAGUCUCUGUCCCCGGGGUUAUUCUGGUGGGCCAGCACAGAGGCAGCGAGGAACUGAAACUCGCUGAAUAUGGGUCAAAGCCCACCAUUUUUCUAAAAGGCACACAGUUUCUUGUUUGCUUGUAACAUUAAUUUCCAAUCCAAGAGAUGUCCAGUCUCUUUUCCUCAGCAGCGGCCGUGUAGAUGAUGCCCUUUGGUCUGGAAAGGUUUCUCCUAGCCAGGACCACCCCUAGUACCCCUGUUAACAGUAGAGGCUUAUUUGUGGUUCCAGCUGACACCAGGGCUCAGUUCCUGAGCUGUAGCAUUUACCUGUAAAUAGGCAAUGAGUGGCUUCCCUGCUUCCUCUCACCAGCCCAAAGGCAGCUUCCCUGUUUUGAAUGAUUUUCCUUGGGUGCUGGGAGCAUUCCCAAACCGGUGGCCAAACAUCCCCGUUAGCUGCUUCCCAGCUGCUCCAUCCUCUCGAGCGCGCUUUGUGUCCUGCCUGGCACAGGUUUGCCGGUGGGACGCUGCCGCGGUCCUUCCCAUGCUGUCUCCUGAUGCUUGCCUUGUGUGUGCAUCUAGCGCCUGCCUGCUUUAUUGCUGAAUGUAAUUCUGGCGUUCACUGGACACACACGUGUUGUGUCAAUGGUGCUUCUGCUCCCUCGGGCUUUGGCGGUGCCCCAGCUGCUCGCUCCUGCACUCCUGCUUUGAACAGCGGCACAUAAAAGUGGCUUUAAAAAAAAACCAAACAGAACAGUGGUAUCAAAGCCUAGACUGUGUUACACACACCGGCAUCUCAGGGCUUUUCAAAGCUAUGGUGAGCCCUUUCUGCUGCACCCUCUCGCGAGUGGCCGGGAGGUGUGAGCAGCACCGAAACAGCGCAUCAUGUUUUUCUGAUCAGGUAUCUCAGAGAGCAGGUAAGACUGUGAGCCAGCGAGUCUGAAGGCAGGAGAGAGGCGCUCUGAGCCC